CGCCGGGGAUGGAUUAUUGAAGGUACCGCUUUGCUGUGCUGUACUGGAGGUCACGUAUGGCUGGAGGUGUCAGUCCCCUCCCUAGGUUCAGGGCAGCGCUCUUCUCCAUUCCACCAUGUGACCUGGCACACCUACACAGCGAAUAGCUUCCUUUUCUAAAGAACAUCCAAGAACACAUGCAUGUACGCUGCUAAUGAGUUACAUAAAUCCUGAAACUCAUCGCACUUGAAAACUAGAAUGAGCACAUGUCGAUGGUGUACACCUAGUGGUUCUGAUACCACUGAGUUCCUGAAGAGCUAUGCUUCUAAACGGUUGUCCCUGGAAGAUCUUGAAGGAUCCAAUGAUGAUCUCUGUUACUGCCUGGAGUGUGUGGUUGAAUACCACAAAGCGAGGGAAAAAUUGCCAAGGUUGCAUGAGGUCUUGUGGGAGUUGGAAACCUCCCGUCUUGUUGCCCACAUUGAGAAAUCCAUGCGGGAAAACGCUGGAGACGAUGAUGAGUUGUUAAUAGUGGAUGAGAACGGAGUGACACAGCUGUCUGGUUAUGUGGGCCCGGAUUUUGAGAAUAACCUGCGAGUGCCCCUUCUAGAAAUACUGAAAUAUCCAUAUCUGCUGCUGCACGAGAAAGUCAGUGAGCUGUGUGUAGAAGUGCUCUGUAGAAUGGAACAAAGUCACGACUCCUUUCAGGUCUUUGAGAAAUAUCCAGGAAUUUAUCUCUUUUUGGUACACCCAAAUGAAGUGAUUCGUCGAUGGGCCAUCCUAGCAGCAAGGAAUUUAGGGAAGGUUGAUAGGGAUGAUUACUAUGACUUACAGGAAGUGCUGACUUGCUUGUUCAAAGUUAUCGAGUUGGGGCUUUUUGAGAGUCCGGAUAUUUACAGCUCUUCAAUGAUUGAAAAGGGUAAACUCAUCCUUCUGCCAUCUCAUUUAUAUGAUACUGCUAACUACAAGAACUAUUGGCUAGGGAUUUGUAUGUUGCUAACAGUGCUGGAAGAACAAGCUAUGGAGUCCUUGUUACUGGGCCCAGACAAACAAAAUGAUUUCAUGCAGUCUAUAUUUCACACCAUGGAGAAAGAAGCAGCUGAUCAUUCUACUGACCCCUUCUGGCCAGCGCUGAAUUGUUUCAUGGUUAUUUUGGAUCAGCUCGGAUCUAAAGUGUGGGGUCAGCUUAUUGAUCCUGUCCAAGCCUUUCAAACCAUUAUCAACAGUGUGAGCUACAACAAUGAAAUAAAAAAUAUACGCAGUAGCUUUAAGAGAACAAAAUCUGAACCAGAGUCAGACUACGAUGAUGACAUGGUUACUUGCAGUCAGAUUGUGUAUAACUAUAACACAGAAAAGCCUCAAAAGGAUACUGGAUGGAAGACUGCCAUUUGUCCAGACUACUGCCCCAACAUGUACGAAGAUAUGCAGACACUGGCUAAUGUGCUUCAGUCUGAUAUUGGCAGAGAUAUGCGUGUCCAUCACAGCACGUUUCUGUGGUUCAUCCCUUUUGUUCAGUCACUUAUGGAUCUCAAGGACUUGGGUGUAGCAUAUAUAGUAGAGGUCAUUCACUACCUCUGCUCGGAAAUCAAAGAUAUUCUCAAUGAAAGAAUCCAGCAGUGUGACAAAAUCUCUGAAUUUUUUCUCCUGAUCUUGGUGUCCAUUAUUGAACUACACAGAAAUAAAAAGUGCCUGCAUUUGCUAUGGAUUAGCUCCCAAGAAUGGGUGGAAGCAGUGGUGAGAUGUGCUAAGCUUCCAGCUAUAGCAUUUACCCGGUGCGCUGACAAAGCAUCUGGACACUAUGUGAGAGGUUCAUUAGCAGUAUCUUUACAAGCUUCUAACUCUGUGCAGCACGCCUGUGUGCAGUUGAUACGCAGCCUUCUUAGAGAAGGCUAUCAAAUUGGGCAGCAUGCUCUUUGCAAGAAAUACCUAGACAAACUCAAUCUUCUUCUGCGAGGAAGUCUAUCUUUAGGUUGGCAGCUGAACAUCCAGGAAACGCAGGAAUUACAAAUAUGUUUAAAGCAAGUUAUAAGAAAUAUAAAGGCCAGAGCGCUGAGUACCCCUGCGCCUGUAGGAAAUAAUGCAAACUCUACAACUUUGUCUACCGUUUCUAUAAAGCAAGAGAAAAGCGCACAUGGUGAUGGAUACGAGGUGAGUGUACAUGGCAGAGAUGACCUUUGUUCACCAUUUGCUGGCAUAUCGAAGGAAGGCGGAGAUGAAGAUUGUCAAGAGAACCCUUUCCCUAGAAGAAAAAGUGCCUGGGAAGAGGAAUGUGGAGAUGCAUCUAAAAGUUCAAGAUCUUGGACAUCUGCAGAAGGCCUCUUGAAUAUUAAAAAGGAACUUAAUGACUUGACAACUCAGGAAUAUGUCUGGCCACAGAACUCUUUGGCAGCAAAAGUAUAUGGGAAAGUUCAGGAAAACAGGAACAAUGAUCUUGUGGCGGGUAAAUGCGAUACGGAUAAUCAGUACUUUAAUCCAAAUUCCCAGCGUUCAGAUUUCAGAAGAGGUGGAGAGUUGGAAAACAAAUGUGAAGCAGGACCCAUAACACCAAUGUGUCUGGCUGCUCAAGCUCGUAUUGGUUCUCCAGAACACGCUUGCAGCUCGGAUGUAAAGGAAAGCAGUAUGUCUCCUAGUUCCUCUUUAAAGCUUAAAGUAGAUGCUCAUAGACUCACAGAUUUGAAAAACAAGGUACGGAAAACUGAAUGGCUCUCAAAAGUAUUGCAGCCAGCGAAGCCACGCGACUUGAAAAACUGCAGUUUUGCAACAAGCGCUUCAAAAGCAGAGGUAGAGCAACCUAAGCUUUGCACUGGCUAUCUGUGUACAAGCAAAGAUUGUCAUAAACAUCAGGGCGUGAAUACUGUGUGUGAAAAUGAAAUCUCUGUUGAUACUCCAUCUUCAAGGAGUUGUGAAAGUACACAGGAGAAAAGUGUCAGCAGUGCUUUUCAAUCCAGACUGGUCCCCACUAAACAGGUAUCAAAAGAAACACCACUAGAUUGCACUAGCUCCUCUAAAAAUGAACCUGGUAUGCAGGAAAGUGAUGACAACAGUAUUUUGUUUUCAGGGAUUAAUGACACCUUACUGAAAAAAGUAUCCACUGAAGAAAAAUCCAGUUCAUUGUUGAAGUCUGCCUUUAAGAAAGACACUGACAUGCAAAAUUCAGACCAGGAACAGCCUAAUUUAAAUGACUUGGUUAAAUAUGACUGUAAAGGUCAAAUUUCAGAGACAUUUGGUAUGGAUAAAACUUCAGCAAAUGGUCGUGUUCCAUCUAGCUCUGAAAACCAGAGGGAUAUAUCCAACCCUGCUUCUCAGAUCAGGCCACUGUCAAUGAAGUGUGAAUCGAGUGACAGGUUGUUCCAAUUUUCAGAAUGUUUCAAGAGAGAAAACAAUUCAGUGGGGAAGAAAGGGGGGGACUGUGUGAAGACGGUUUCUGAAGAUAAUGCUUUAACAGACUCCCAGGUUGAUAGAGAACUCAGUAAAUUAUCUUUAGCUGCGUAUGCCAAAGGUGUCAAUUUUCCCUUUGAUUCAAGCCAAGAAAGCUCAGUACAUCAUAACGUAUGUGAUAUUAAAAGGAAAGUGAAAGGUGCUGUAAGAGCUUCCAAUGAUGGCCAAAGUACCAAGUCUCCCUGUGAUGCAGAUUGCCUUGACAAUCAAGUCAUUAUAAUUUCAGACUCUUCAGAUGAAGAAGAACAUGUGGCUGACAAGAAGGAAACAAAAACAACGAAUGAAAAUACGGCUCCUGAAAGGCAGCCUUCAACUUCCAGCUGCAUUUCUGAUGGCGAUAACAAAAUAGAAACAAAGACGCCAAGCUCUCCCUUGUCACUGGAAGACUGUGAGUCUCAGUACUUUGAAUUUGAAACAGAAGCGGAUGUCUUUUCGGUUUGGCAAGAUACUCAAGCGUAUGGUAUGGAAGCAACUCAAGAGUAUAAACAAGAUCAUGUUUCAGUAUUGGCUGAUAGUAGUAAUUCAGAUGGCUUACUGAACGAUCACACAAAUGAAUGGGGUUAUGAUGUGGAUUACGUAAGUGAUGAUACCAUGGAAGAAGAAGCAAACUUGGUAGAAAAACAGAUAGAAAAUAUUUCUCAUCAGAAAGAAGCUGAUACUACAAAAGAAGUAACUAGUUCAACAUUGCAAGAAUCUAUUAGUAAGGGAAAUGCAAAAGAUCAACUGGAGAAUUUUGCAGACAAAGGUACUGUUGCUAAAGACUUCACCCCGGACUCAAAAUUGACUGAACCCAGAGCAUCUACAUCUAACAUCUCAUUAGCUUCAAAGUUGGCUCUUAAGAAAAAUAGCACGAGCCCACGGAAGAAUACAGCAAAAUCUGAGGUAGCAAGAACUAUUCAAAGAAGUCCUAAAAAACCUCCUGUUCUUAAAACAGCACAAAAUAAAAAACUACUUCAAAGUACGUCAAAAAAUUCUCAACCUGGCAGGUCAAUGCCUGCUGUGGUUCCUCCAAGGAAAGUUCGGCAGUGUCCUGCACCAGCAUCAACCGUAGAAAAACUUGGUCUGAAGAAGGCACCCCGCAAAGCGUUUGAAUUAUCCCAGCGCUCUUUAGAGAGCCUAGCUCAAUUGCGCAGCUAUGGUAAAUCUGCAGGGAGAGUUGGAGUUACACAGAAACGGAAGAUUAAACUAAUUGCUCCUCAGAGUAUGUCUGUAAAACAUAAUAAUAAAAAAUUGCUAGCCUGUCAAGACCUUCAGUUUUUAAGGCAGACGAGGCCCAAAAAAAGUGUCAGAGUGAAAAAUGUUGCAGGAAGUUCUGAGAGUAGAAAUGAAAAAGUUAGCGAAGUGGAUGCAAAACCUAUGAAACAAAAGCCUGAAAGUUUUGAGCUGGCAUCUGUCGAAAGAUCUGUUGAAAACCAAAGAGAGAAAAAAAGGGAGGAGACUGUUUGUCCCUCUGCCAGUGAGAGAAAAUUUGAAAGCCUCUCUGUGGAGGAGGAGACAUGCGUCUCCAAAAUGCAUAGUUCUUCAGACUCGAACAGAAAAUCGGAGGAUAACAGUAUGAUGGUUCCUCCUGUACCUAUGGAUUCAAGUCUCUCUUCCGCUGCCCUUGUUGGACAUGAUAAAGAUGAACCUUCAGGAAAAGGUUGCGUUGUCCAGCCUGAGUGUGAGAAGGCAACUUCAAAAGAAAAUGGGUGUAAACCAAAUGAAAACGGUGAAGAUGAUGACGAUGAUGAUCUGUUUUUAACUCAGUUAGAUCCUGUGGAUAUGGAAUUAUGUUCUGAGGAGGAAAGUGUUCAAGGGAGUACUAUAGCUAGUAAAAAAACAGAGGAAAUGGGUACUACUGAAGGCCUUCAGCAGGGCGAAUCCUCGACUAUUGUGAAAUGUAAGUACAAGGACUGUAUGGAAAAAGUGGAAAAACCAGGAGAGUACUGUAGUAAGCAUUCAGCCACCAGCUCAGAAGCGGAUCACUCGUUUGCCAAACCUUCUCUCCUGCCACCUUCUAAAACAAGAAAGCCUUCCACUGCCAAAAUUUUCAGCUCAGCAAGUUCUUCACGGAAUGCAGCCUUCAGCAAGGAUCUUGAAGAUGUUAAAAAGCUACCGCCAGCUUCAAAAAGCAAAGUGAAUGCAGCGAAGCCGGCGGUGGUCAGGCCACCAAAUGCAAAGGCUGUACCGAUAGGAAAUCAAACGUGCAGGUCUCCAAGUUUCAGUAACGUACCUGAACCCUGUAUUUCUAAUAACGUUCUCCAGUCACAAUAUAGACAGAACGACAAUGCUUCAAAUAUUUCCAGAAGGCCUGGCCAAGAAGCACAUUUUCCUUCCUUUCUUGGUGCUCGGCAGCAUGAUCAUAAUAUUUUUGUUAAUGAAGUCCUAAAGUGGACGUACGAAAUGUUUGUGAACUCCAGCCAGUUUGGACCUCCAAGUAAUCUCCUGCAGUCUGUAGUAGCCUCUGUUCCUGUCCAAUUUCAGCAAUACAAUGACUAUUUUAAUACAUUUUUCCCCUUGAUGAUGCUAAAUGCCUUUGAAACACUGGCACAAGAGCGGACAGAAAACCAGGGAGCGAGGGAGAAGAGUUACUACUUCUGCUUACAGAAUUUCUGUGCUGAAUUGAAUACAGCAGAUUUUACAGCUCAUCUUCAAGAAAGUGAUUUGGCAAUGCAGCGUCAUCCAAAGGAGGAUGACUUAAUCUUUUUGGUGGUCCAAAAGAAAAAAGACACCUUUAGGGAAGAAAGUGACAUGGAGAACCAUACAGUGAAUCACGUUGGUCUUGUGAAAAAAUUUUGUCGUGCGCCUGGCUGUUUAACUAGACAAAAGGAGCAGCAUACAGUCUGUCAUCUUUCUGUGCAAACUCGAGGCAAUUUGUCAUUCUUCAUAAAUAAGCAAGUGAAGUGUGUGGUGGUUGGCUCCCUGGUGACCACACACCGAACAUUCAAAGGUCUACUACUAUUGAGCAGGAGUCCCCUGGCUAAACCCAUCAUUAAUCCAAGUUACGAUGACUUCUGUCCCAGAGAUUUGCCCAUAGCUUCAGAAAGUGCUGCGUCAGAUAUGAAUGCAUACAAUGAAAAUCAAAAGAGAGCUAUUGAGACAGCUUAUGCCAUGGUAAAGCAACAUCCAGGGCUACCCAAGAUCUGCCUCAUCCACGGACCACCUGGAACAGGGAAAUCAAAAACUAUUGUUGGACUUCUGUCUCGUGUUUUGGGAGAAAACACUAGGAAUGAGAAAGCAACUCAAAAAUCAAAUGCCAAGAUGAAGCCAAACCGUUUUCUAGUUUGUGCACCAUCAAAUGCUGCUGUUGAUGAACUCAUGAAAAAGAUCAUCGUUGCAUUUAAGGGAAAAUGCCAAAACAGACAGGAGCCUUUGGGAAACUGUGGUGAUAUCAAAUUAGUGCGACUUGGUGCUGAAAAAGCAAUCAACAGUGAAGUCCGGGGAUUUAGCCUGGAUAAGCAAGUUGAACACAGAAUGAAACGAAAGCCAGCUGACUGUGACCAGGAUAUUCAGAAGAAAAAAGCAGCUCUGGAUCAACAGCUGGACAUGCUGUCUCGUCAGCGUGCCAUGCACAGAUGUGAGAAGAGGGAGAGUCAAAUGUUAAAUGAUGAAAUUGGCAGACUUUCAAAGGAGAGACAACAGCUUGCUUCUCAACUAAAGGAGGUUCGGAGGCACUCUCAGAAAGUACAGGCAGGUAUCAUCUUGGAGUCCGACAUCAUCUGCUGCACGCUGAGCACAAGUGGAGGAAGUCUGCUGGAAUCCGCUUUUUGUCGGCAAGGACUUGAUCCUUUCAGCUGUGUCAUUGUGGAUGAGGCAGGGCAGUCCUGUGAGGUUGAAACACUGAUUCCACUGAUCCAUCGCUGUAAUAAACUUGUCCUUGUUGGAGAUCCCAAGCAGCUCCCUCCUACUGUAAAAUCAGUAAAAGCUCAGGAACGUGGCUACGAUCAGUCCUUGAUGGCACGCCUGCAGAGACACCUGGAGGAGCAAGUGCAGAAGAACAUUUUACGAAGCUUGCCGGUUGUGCAGCUGACUGUGCAGUACAGGAUGCACCCUGACAUCUGCCUCUUCCCAUCCAAUUAUGUUUAUGGCAGGACUCUAAAGACUGACAAAGCAACAGAAGAGAACAGAUGUUCUUCAGAAUGGCCAUUCCAGCCCUACCUUAUUUUUGAUGUCAGAGACGGUCGUGAGGAGCGAGACAGUGACUCUUUUAGUAAUCCUCAGGAAGUGAAGCUGGUGAUGGAAUUAAUUAGAACAAUUAAAGAAAAAAGGAAGGAUCUGGGUCUUCGUCGCAUUGGAAUAAUUACCCCUUACAGCGCACAGAAAAAGAAAAUUCAAGAACAACUGGACAGAGUGUUUAAGAAUAACAGCCCAGGCGAAGUGGACACAGUGGAUGCAUUCCAGGGACGAGAGAAAGACUGCAUCAUAGUGACGUGUGUCCGGGCAAACAGCACUAAAGGGUCAAUUGGGUUUCUGGCAAGUCGUCAGCGUCUGAACGUUACAAUUACCCGAGCCAGAUUCAGCCUCUUCAUCCUUGGAAGACUGACAACACUCAUGGAACAGAAGAGCUUUCGUUUAUACAAAUGUGCCUUGAGUUUUGCUUUUGCUGCUGCUUCAUCAGUUGUCCGUUUCUUGUUGCAGUGGCAACAGAAACUGCAGAUUAAAGCCUACGAGGUCUGUUUGGUCCCAGUGAGUCCAUGUGACGAAUAAUCAACAGCACUGUGGAAUCUUAGUCAAAGAUCUAGUUAACACUUAUUGGUAAUGACACUUGAGUUUCUUUGUAUAGAGCUUUUGGAGAUCUACAGAGAUAAAAAGGGCAAGCAGUUCAUUCUCGGUGUUAUUACUGGAUUCUUUCCACUGCGUUGAUGAAGAAUGUAUAACCAGUAAAACGGGGUGAAAAAACAAACUAUUUUUAAGAAAGCUUCCUCUCAUCGUAACAUUUCACAAUAAAAGUGGAAUUAUUUGUACUAAGAAUGCCUUUGGGUCACUGUGAAGUAUCGCUUUCUUUUUCUGGAGUACGUGUCUGUCUCAAGGAGGUGAGACGCGUGUUCAGGUGCGCAGAGUUUUGCAUGGAGAUAGCCUAGCCCGCUUCUGCCUGAGAAUGCGGCACCUCGCUAUGUUAGUACAAGUUGGGUGUAUUGUGAGCGGGCCAGGUUGCUAUCUCCGUGCAUCGGUGUUAAAAUACUGCCUGCUAGGAAGCGGGCAGUAUCCUGCUGUCUCUUGCUAACUGACUUAUGCUCAACCAAUAUGAGGGUGGUGGCUUUCCCUAAGCAAAUGAGCUGCCAGACUUCUCUGGCCAGAAUUUAGCCAUAAUCUUUAGUUAGUUUCUGUCCCGACGCGUUCAUUGCAAUGAUUAGUGUUAGCUUUGUCCUUUGAACCCACUGCCGAAGAGGUACGUGCGAUCCAGUGCAGGGAAAUACAGGUGCCUUACCGUACGAAACAUCAGGUAGUGGUUCAAACUGUAAUUGCUGGUAAAACUUACAUCCUUAAUGCAUCCACCCCCGAAUUUGCUUUGCUGGUACUCGCUGCACUGUAGGUGUGUUGGGAGGCUUUUAGUUGCCGUCUGUGACUGUCCAGCUCACUGUGCUGCGUAGUACAGAGCAUUUUAAGGUAAUAGGGGAGAAUCUUUGAGAUGCCUAUGAAGUGAAAUCAGAAUAUGUGCAUUGUUUAGCUUUAGUUAUUUGUUAUGUUGCAAUCUUAAUGGCUUCAGUGAACCCUGACCACGUCUUGUCAGCAGUAUAUGCACUUACAAAACUGCUGUGACUCUUCCUUGAUGUUGUGUACCUUGUGUGAGAAGGAAGGCCGCUUGAAUGAAUCCGUGACUGUCACGAAUCGGACGUUUUGGUCGCUCCCGCAUCACAUACUCCGUGCCCUGUGUGUUAUCUCCCUUUAUGUUAACAGGAAUAUUUAAAAAUACUGUCAUCUUUCAAACCUCUUGGCAGGGCUGUGCUGACCUGCCUGCUGUUUCUACUUAGCACAUUUAAAAAGGCUGCUAUUCUGCGAGCAGCUGUAGGAUGUUCCUAUAGCUGUGGAAGCCAUUUAGACUGUCUCAAUGUAAAGAAAGUGAAGCUGGCGACAGUGUGAAUGAGGAAAUGCUUUUCUGGCCAUUAAAUACAAUUUUGUCCAAAGAAUGUUUCUCUGAAACUUUUCUUCUAGCUCGCUUUCUCCUUAAACAAUCUGCAUUUCAAAAUGUGUUCUUCUGAGCGCUAUGCUUACCACAUGCUGGAAGGAGGUUUGUUUCAACAUUUCAUUUUUCUUGUAUUAUGUACACAGCACAUAGGUCAUGUACUCUACAACACCUGUAUCUUCCCAUAAAUCAGCUUUGAGGCAUGGUCAGUGGCUCAAACUGUUUUGCUUAUUUAAUACUAGAUUUAUCUGACUUAAGUUGUCAAUCUCUCAGUGGUAGCUUACUGCUACCAUAUCAGUCUGUAUCGUUAAUGGUGUAUUCUUGAAUAAAAAAAA